AAAAUAUUUCGACUCAUUCACCAGGUGUUACACAGACCACUCACACGUUUUGGCUGAGAGAGUGUGACACACACACGACGGGAGCGGCUCUUCCCGACAUCACGACCCCUUUGUAACACCCCUUCUUCUCUCCUCAACCAGCAAGCAUGGCCUCCCAAUCUUUUGUCAUCAGAUCCCCUUGCUCCUCCGCCAAUAUCGGCCCGGGCUUCGACGUCAUCGGCCUCGCCCUGUCAAUGUUCCUGGAGCUGCACGUCACUGUCGACCCACCUGCAUCUUCAACAGAGAAUUACCCCCUCAACUGCAAGAUCACAUACGAAGGGGAAGGGGAGGAUGAGAUUUCCCUUGACCCGGAGGUGAAUCUCAUCACGAGGGUGGCGCUGUACGUGCUCCGGUGUCACGACCAGAGGGCCUUUCCCAAGAACACCCACAUCCAUGUCAAGAACCCUAUUCCGUUGGGGAGGGGGCUUGGGUCGAGCGGGACGGCGGUUGUGGCGGGGGUGAUGUUGGGGAAGGAGGUGGGCGGGUUGCACCAUUUGACCAUGGAGAGGUUGUUUGAUUUUAUUUUGAUGAUUGAGAGACAUCCUGACAAUGUUGGGGCUUCGUUGUUUGGCGGGUUUGUCGGGACUUACCUGAAGCCGUUGACGCCCGAGGACACGGCGAGGGUGGAGAUCCCGCUCAGUGAGGUGUUGCCUGCGCCGCAGGGGGGAGUUGACACGGGGGAUAGACCUCCUGAGCCGCCGGUGGGGAUUGGGCACCAUAUCAAGUUCCCUUGGGCGGGGGAGAUCAAGGCUGUGGCCAUCAUUCCCGAGUUUGAGGUGCCUACGGCGAAGGCGAGGCAGGUUUUACCGGCGGAGUAUCCUAGGAACGAUGUGACAUUCAACCUCCAGAGGAUAGCGCUUUUGCCGGUUGCGCUGGGCCAGAGCCCGCCUGAUCCGGAGCUGAUCUAUCUUGCUAUGCAGGAUAAGCUGCACCAGCCGUACAGGCAGACGCUCAUUCCGGGGCUGACGGAGAUUGUGGAGAGCAUGACGCCUGCUACGCAGCCGGGGCUGUUGGGCGUUUGCUUGUCUGGUGCCGGGCCGACGAUUCUGGCGUUGGCGACGAGCAACUUUGAGGGGAUUGCCAGCAGGAUCAUCAAGAAGUUUGAGGAGAACAAGAUUACGUGCAGCUGGAAGGUGCUGGAGCCGGCGGAGGGGACGACGGUGGUGAGGACGAAGUAAACGGAGACAAGAGAGGGAUGAAAGAGAGGGUGGCGAAAAGGGGUUUAAGAUAUAAAUAAUGAUAGAUAGAUGGGAUAUAAAAAAAGGAUGAAAAUGAUACCCGGUUGAACGGUAUCUUGAAGGUUUACCUCCUGUUACGUGAGUUGCGU